CAGAGAAGGCAACUCGCCUGUGAGAUGUAUUUACUGUGCUCACGUUUUCUUCAGGAGUCUCAGUUCUUGAAUGACUUCGAGUCAAGAAAUAGCGUCCAAGAGUCGCAGAUCUUGGUGCGUGCGUGCGGUACACGGCCCCACAAAAUACACGCCUUUCUCUCCUUCGAUAAAAUAAAUAAGUUUCUGAACUUUACAAAUUUUAAGACAUUUUCCAUUUUUGAAAAAUAAGAAUUUUUUUAAAUGCAUACUACUUGUUUUGUUGUUACCGCCUUGGAAUAAUGGAAGUAGUUCUUUCUGCCUAAACGCAGUGGAAAGGAACGUGGUGGCGUUACCAAGCACCCUCCCAUCUUCAUUUUGGCUUUGUUGUGUGCGUCUCUAAGAACGUACGUGCAAUGCUCAAAAGUGUUUGACUCUGACAUAUAAAGUGCAUCUCAUCUCGACUUAACUGAACUUAUCCGCCGUACUGUAUCACGACCAACCAUCUAGUUUAGCGAGGUGGUUCAGUGCAGAAGGAAGUUGUUGGGUAGACGUUACGAUAGGAUUAUUAAUUUUGGAGAAUUUUGACAAAAUUUCCAACAGGAAACAUUUCAAGGGUGGAUAUUAAACAACGCAACACGAGUUCGUAAUAAAUAAAAUCACUUCACGGUCAUGGAUUUCAUUGCAAGAUGGUAAUCUUCUCGAGUUGGUAAAGUGAUACAAAUGUCCAGAAAUAGAAGGGAUGCAUUACGGUGCAUUAUUGUGAGGAGUGACUCUUCUUAACAAGUUUUAAAGUUAAGUAAAGUGUAAUCUGGAACGAUUUAUUCUUCAUCACGUUUUUAAAACAGUUGAAAAUUUCAAGUUGAAAUCUGUUCAUAAAGUUAAGACUUACGGGAUGGUGAUUAUUUUAACAAUGCAUGGAAAAGUCUGCAUGUGCUUGAACCUGUAUUUUUGUCUCAAGAAAGAAGAGUUGGUAUGAAAAAAAUUCAAUUUCAUGAAACAAUCAACAACUAUAAUAAUGUCGGGGAGGAAACUGUACGGAACAUCGCUCUGGAUUUGGAGCAGUUUACAAUUUGCUGUAGUUUUCUCGAUCAUUGUCCAUUCAAAAAGUGAUUCUCGCUGCUUUCUUGUCAACGGGGGCUCGUCCGUUAGUUUCUUUGUGAGUGAAGAUGUCCCAAUCGGGUCAAAUCUGGGAACUUUGGACAUUCACGGCGACAUAAAUCGAGACAUUGCCCUCAGUCUGAGCAGUGGGGAUAGCAGUGCUCCCGUUCAAAUCGAGCCUGGUACAAAGAACAUCACACUAACGCGGAAAUUGGACAGGGAAGGAAUCGAGGGUCCCAGCUCAGUGACAUUUACCGUGCUUUGUGACAAACGAAAUGAUAACGAGCCCAGUAUCCACAUCCCAGUCACGAUUCGGACGAAAGACGUUAAUGAUAAUGCUCCACGAAUUGUCGGAGGGCCGUUUCGGAUAAACGUGAGUGAACAAACUCUUCCUGGAUCUUCGAUCCUGAGCAACAUCAAGGCCAUCGACAUGGACCAGCAUGGAAGCCCGUAUUCCACUCUCACGUUUUCUGCAUUAGAAGAUUCCCAGGGGAAACCUUCGAAACUUGUGACAUUUGCUGGAGGAGGGCAGGAAGGCCGACUAAUCCUAAUAAAACCAUUGGACUACGAGACGCGUCCCAAAUUCAAUGUAACACUCCGAGUGAGUGACCAAGGGACGCCCCCACUCCAUACAGAGACCAUUGUAGAAGUCCGCGUGGUGGAUGCGGAUGACCAGAACCCUCGAUUCCAACAUGUCUCUUACUCAUCCCUUCUGCCACGAAAUCCGAGAGGCGGUGCAGCCCUUGAAAUCGAACCGGAACCAAUUUAUGCAUUCGAUCAGGACACCGGGAUCAAUUCGCCCAUCAUAUAUUCCAUCGCACAAGGCCGCGCAGAAUCCAACUUUUUCCAUAUGGACGCCUUGAUGGGAAGGAUCACUCUGAGUCGUGACGUUCCCGAGGAUCAAUUAAACCAACCAAUUACCCUCGUCUUGAAGGCCGAACAAAAGGACAAUCCGGAUCGUUACGCGAUAUCAACGUUGAAUGUGGGCAAGAAGGGGAACACUAAUGCGCCGUUGCAUUUUGUUCAGCCCGAAUUUUCGGUCGGUGUGCCGGAGAAUUCGCCAAUCGGGACGAUCGUAUUUACAGCGCUAACAUCUCGCCAGGCCGAUAAACGGCUCCGUUUCGGGAUAGAAGGCGAUCCUCAAGGAAUUUUUCAAAUCGUGUCCAUGGGACAACUCGUCCUCAAAAAGUCGCUCGACUACGAAGUUAAUCAGAGACACGUUAUCAAAUUAUGGGUUACCGAUGGUUUUCAGAAUUCGUCUGCCACCGGAAUCAUCAACGUACUCAAUGUUAACGAUUGGGCGCCCAGAUUUCGCCAAUCUCUAUAUGAAUUUAACGUCACGGCAGAAAAAUUGUCGAGGGGGACGUCCAUCGGACAAAUCGAGGUGGCCGAUGGAGAUGUCGGAGAUAAGCUAACGUUAGAAAUUAAAAACUCCGACUCUGUCCACGUGGAUGAAAACGGACAACUUUACCUGAGAAAUAAGACUGUAGUCAAGCGAGAAAUGAUGUUCAUCGUGGUAGCAAAAGAUACUGGAGAACCGCCCAGGGAAGCAUUCGUCCCCGUGUUAAUCCGUCUUGUGGACAUGCCAAGUCAGAAUGACGACGUAUACCUCCAAACAGAAGUGGACAUCAAAUUAAUCAUUAUUGCAGCAUUCGCAGUCACGGUUCUAGGACUUGUAAUCGGGAUCCUGCUGUACUUUGGAUAUUGCAGAAAACGUCGAAAAAUCGAGACCGAAAAUUUCCAUAAACGCGUCCUCGAACGAAACAUCAGCAACCCUCUCGCAAUUCAUAAGAUGACACAUCCCGGCGGUACGCUCCGUCGAUCCAAUAAAAUUCGCCAAGUAAUGAACAUCACUUCUCCCAUGCUAAAUUCUGGAUAUACCACAGACACGCGAGGCCUCACUCCUGUCGACCCAAUCACCAACGGACACCUCUCCGCGAGACACAAGAACGUCACCUGGUCCCCAAAAGUUGUCCAAAAAACGACCCCCACGCCCCCGGCACGCAGCGACACGACGAGAGUGACUACGAUGCCGAAAAGUCAAUAUUUAAAUGGGAUGAUGAACGGUCAUGCGAACGGGCAUGGUCCCCUUAAGGGGUUGGAAUUGGACCCGGAUACGAGCGUCACUCCGCUGGAAACGUAUCGGUCACAUGUCAACCUUAACGGGAGGCAUCCCAACCCACCCCCGUCCUCGCACUCCCCGUCCGACACGAUGCACUCUAAUACAUCAUUAACGCUUUAUUUUUAAAAGUAUGCAUUAAAUAGCAAGUUAAGAAUAAAUAUUAAAAUUCGCCUUCCAAUUAUCCUGUCUUCUUCCAGUGGUAGCGGUACAUACAUACAGGGUGGUUUAAAUGUCACGCUACAAUGGAAAAUUUUUCACUGGGAAAAAUCCCUAAAUCUCCAUUAAUUACAAGAUUUUUGGUUGAGAUUUUUAUAAAAUUAUUAAAAACU